AUGCCGAGACAAAGGGCCUCCGCCGAGGAAGUCGAGAUCGAUAUAGAAGACGACAGUGAUGACGGUGGCACCAAGAAGAGAACAAACAGAAGACAAGGAGCUGGACGAGGAGCAGGCACAAGAGGAAGAGGCAGAGGCAAAAAGCAAGACAGUGACGAGGACGAAGAGGAUGAGGCUCCAAGGGGGCGAGGAAGAGGAGCAAACAAGAGGAGGCCGGCCAAGAAACGAGGCGGCAAUGACGAUGAGGACGAGAGUGAAGAUGAGGCCCCUAAGAAGAAGAAGGGAGGCGCAGCCAACAGGAAAAAAGGAGGCAAAGCUCAGGACAGUGAUGAGGACGACAGCGAUGAUGGGAAAGGGAAGAAGGGAAAGAAAGGAGGAAAGAAAGGAGGGAAGGAGGAUGAGGAUGGGCCGGGUAAAAAAGGUGGCGCCAAAGGAAAGGACAAGGGCAAAGAUAAGGAUGAUGACAAAAACAAGAAGAAGAAGAAGAAGGAUGACAGUUCAACUGAUUCCAACAUAGACUCGGACGAGGAGGAAGAGGAGUCCAUGUCGGAGGGCGAGAUGGCCAGGCUGAUGGAGGAGGUGGAAGAAAAGAAGAAACUGAUCGCCAACAUCAGGAACAAGCCUUGGCGAAUGAAACGGAGGCUCACCGUUCUAAAGGAGGCGCAGCAGUUUGUGGAUAAGUUUGAAGGAGCUUUGGGUAAAGGAAAAGGCAGGAAGUGGUAUGCCUACAAAGUGAUGAUGACAAAGAAAUGGAUUAAGUUUCAAAGAGAUUUUGAGAAUUUUAGAACUGCCUGUAUCCCCUGGGAGAGGAAAAUCAAAGAGGUGGAAAGCCACUUUGGCUCAUCGGUGGCGUCUUAUUUCAUCUUUCUGCGAUGGAUGUACGGCAUGAACCUCGUCCUGUUCGGGCUAACCUUUGGGCUGGUGGUCAUCCCUGAGGUUUUGAUGGGUCUCCCUUACGGGUCUAUUCCCAGGAAGACUGUUCCCAGAGCCGAGCAGGACACUGCUAUGGAUUACUCUGUUCUCAUGGACUUUAACGGCUACUGUAAAUAUUCUGUCCUGUUCUAUGGAUAUUACAACGACCAGAGGACCAUCGGCUUGCUAAAGUUCAGGCUGCCUCUAUCCUACCUCCUGGUGGGAAUCGGCAGCUUCGGCUACAGCCUGAUGCUUGUGAUUCGCACAAUGGCCAAAAAUGCUGAUGUAGGCGGCGGUGAUGGAGAGGAAGGGGAGUUCACCUUUGGCUGGAAGAUGUUCACAAGCUGGGAUUACCUCAUUGGCAACGCAGAGACCGCUGACAACAAGUACGCCUCCAUCACCACCAGCUUCAAGGAGUCCAUUGUGGAUGAGCAGGAGAACCAGAAGGACGAGAACAUCCACCUGCGACGGUUCCUCAGGGUCUUGGCUAACUUCAUGAUCACCUGUAGCCUCGGUGGGAGUGGCUACCUCAUCUACUUUGUGGUGAAGAGGUCUCAGGAGUUCGCUACAAGGAAUGACCUCAGCUGGUACGAGAAGAACGAGUUGGAGAUUGUUAUGUCCCUGCUGGGCUUGGUGUGUCCUCCUCUGUUUGAGACGAUUGCUGAACUGGAGGACUACCAUCCUCGAAUCGCCCUCAAGUGGCAGCUGGGACGCAUCUUUGCCCUGUUUCUCGGGAACCUCUACACCUUCCUGUUUGCCCUGUUUGAUGAGGUCAACACCAAGCUUGAAGAAGAGCAGUCUAUCAAGAACGCUUCCAUCUGGGCCAUGAAGGAGUACUACGCCAAUUAUUCACGUAUUUUGAACGACACCGAGGCGACUCCACCACCGAUGAGCCCUGCGGAUGUCAUCAGAGGACCCUGCUGGGAAACUUCCGUCGGCAUAGAGUUUGUGAAGCUGACGGUGUCGGACAUUCAGGUGACCUACCUGACCAUCCUGAUCGGUGACUUUGCCAGAGCCGUCAUCGUUCGUUUCCUCAACUACUGCUGGUGCUGGGACCUGGAAGCUGGGUUUCCGUCGUACGGAGAGUUUGACAUCAGUGGAAAUGUUCUUGGGUUGGUCUUCAAUCAAGGGAUGAUCUGGAUGGGUGCGUUUUUCGCUCCUGGGCUCGUUGGCAUCAACGUCCUCCGUCUCCUGAGCUCCAUGUACUACCAGUGUUGGGCCGUGAUGGCCACAAACGUCCCACAUGAGCGAGUCUUCAAGGCCUCCAAGUCCAACAACUUCUACAUGGGUCUGCUGCUCCUCAUCCUCUUCCUGAGCCUGUUGCCUGUGAUCUACACCAUCAUGACCCUACCACCUUCGUUUGACUGCGGACCUUUCAGCGGCAAACCCAAGAUGUUUGACGUGAUCAUGGAAACCAUCAGCACGGACCUGCCGGCCUUCAUGGGGACGCUUUUCAGCUACGCGGCCAACCCAGGCCUCAUCAUGCCAGCGGUGCUGCUCAUGGUGUUGGCCAUCUAUUAUCUGAACUCCGUGUCCAAAGCUUACCAAAACUCCAACAUGGAGCUGAAGAAGAAGAUGCAGAUGGCUCGGGAUGAAGAGAAGAACCGGAGGAACAACAAAGACACCACCAACCAGGUUCUGAAAGACCUGGAGGACCUGAUGCCAAACAAAUCCCUGGCUCCUCCACCAGAACCGGAAAAACCUCCAGAACCGGAGGCGAAGCCCACUAAGACCAAGGCCGGCUCGGCCGGAAAGGGCGUUAAUCUCCAGAAGGACGUGGCUCUGGCUUCCUCCAACCCCGAUGCUCGAGGGCCGGUGAGCCGGCCGCCGAGGCCGAGAGGACAAGGACCGAUGCCGGGUCCAGGUCCUGGAGUGGGUCGAGGCCGCGGGAGGGGAGCUCCUCCCAGAUAA